UAUUUAUUUAUUACAGACAAUAUUUUGUUGUGGCGAUAAAUCAAAUUGUCAUGUGUUUGUCAUUCUGUAAUUGUCGUUCCCCGGAACAACUUUGGGCUGAAACCGUUGCUUUAGAAGCUUUCAUCACGGGCAGCAACACAUUCACCACAAAUGUCCACCUCAAAAUCACCCCCAACUUCGACAACUUCAUCAUCAGCCCUUUCUUCGUCGAAGUCAUCUGCGUCGUCGCCCAAAAAGGCUCCAAAUACAAAACCAACCUCGAAAUCCGCACCACCUUAAAUCUUCCCAGUAAUCUCAGAAACCAGGAAAUGUGCUUCAAGGUACUCAUGCCCAUCCUAGUCAAAAGCAAGCUCUUCGACUUGUGUGCGGUGAGCAAACUCUACCUCUGCAAGACCUACACCAUACGAAAAAACCUGCGAGUUCUCGCUAAAAAAAUCUACUAUACGGACGUAGAAAGCAUAGAUUUUGCAGACAAAGAGACAGCGGUGAAUGUCAUUAACACGUUCUUGAGAACUAGUACCAACGACAAGAUCGUCGACGUGGUGAACGUUUCGGAUCUGUUUCCAGACAUGAAGAUGCUGCUGCUUAGUGCCGUGUUUCUGCAAGGGCACUGGCUCAAUCCGUUCCAGUCGCGAACCAUCAACCAGAACUUCUUCACCACGGAGACGCAAGUAAUCAAAGUGGUGAUGAUGGAAACUGUGGGAUAUUUCAAUUGCUACGAGAGUAAGGAAAUAAGAGCGAGGUAUUUGGAGUUGAGGUUCGAAGACGAGCUGCUGAGCAUGGUGGUGGUUUUGCCUUUCGAAAAAGAAGGACUUGAGGAGGUGGAGCAACAAAUGGACGCGAUUUUCGCGUGCCGCCAAUUUGCUCUAGAUUAUGUUAAAGUUAGUCUUCCCAAGUUCUUUAUCGAUACGAGUAUCGAUUUUAGGACUACUUUGAGUGAGAUGGGGAUGAAAGUACCGUUUAGUGACCAAGCGAAUUUCACCGGACUUGUAGCAGAGAAGGACGUUUUUAUUACACAGGUUAUACAAAGUUCGAGGAUUUUGGUCAACGAAGCUGGACUAGACGUGGAGUUUCUUGAUAACGCAACUAAGAAAUCUUUCAAGGACGUUGAUGUGAAAGCUAAGGUGUUUUGCGUCGAUCAUCCCUUUUUCUUUUACAUAAAGUGGAAAGAUUUGGUCGUGUUUACCGGAAGGGUAAAGCGUCCCGUGUUGAAUUUGUAAAGAAAGUACCUAUAGAACACA